AUGGAACCAAUGUCUAAUAUACCUUGCUCGGCUUUAACUGAUGCUUUGACUGCCUUGGCGCAGAACACAUCACCUGGAGGAAGAAAAUACAGUGCUGUAAAGACAAUUCCAAGAGCUCAGCAUACGUCUUACCUGACGGAUACCGCAGAUGCUGUGAGAGAGGUAGCUAAAAAGAUGGGUAGAACUCGUGUAAAAUGGGAGAGUCCAAAAUCAGUGAUGAUAAUCACAAAACCAGGAGAUUGCUCUCUCAUUGGCAUGACUCGAGACAUGGCGUUGUAUUUGGUAGAGACGCCUCGUUAUGGUUCAGAAAGUGGCAUUACAUGCUAUGUCGAUGAAAAACUAAAGAAUUCCAAGCGCUUCAAGUAUGACAAGAUUGUUAGAAACCAUCCUAUUGCAUGCGAAAAGCUUAAAUUCUGGACACCUGAAUUGUGUGCCUUGCAACCCAAGUCCUUUGACUUUAUCAUCACUCUUGGUGGAGAUGGCACAGUGUUGUUCUCUUCGUGGUUGUUUCAAAACUACAUUCCUCCAGUCAUUCCCUUUCAUUUGGGUUCGCUUGGCUUCCUGACUCCUUUUGAUUUUGACAGAUACAAGCAGCAUUUACACAAUGCAAUGGAGAGAGGUGUUCGGAUUAACCUCAGAGGACGUCUGACAUGCACAGUGUAUCGCCGUGUGCCUCAUCCUGAUUGCAAAUCUCCCGAGGAAGCAAAAGCCGUGCAGUUGAGAAAUGUUGUGAGAAAUCCUGUAACUGGCAAAUUCACUGUGGGCGGAUGGUGUCAAGAACUGAAGAAGCAGCGUCAACAACAAGCUGCUAAUCUUAAAGGCAAAAUGAAGAAAUUCGGUGAAGUGGAUGGUGAUGAUGUCGAGGAGGAAGAAAAGGAGGAAUGGGGGCAAGCUGAAGACGAUCAGCAGCAGCAACAACAACAACAGCAACAACAGCAACCUGUUGGCGAAGAACGUCAAGUGCCUUGCUUCACAACGAUACCUGUAGAAAAGUACCAUGUUAUCAACGACUUGGUUGUUGAUAGGGGGCCUAGUCCUUAUGUCAGUUUAUUGGAGCUGUUUGGCGAUGAUAAGCAUUUGACGACUGUACAAGCUGAUGGUUUAGCUAUCUCUACGCCUACCGGAAGUACUGCAUAUUCGCUCUCUGCUGGUGGUUCGCUUACUCAUCCUGAUAUCCACGCUAUACUUAUUACACCCAUUUGUCCUCAUACUCUAUCAUUCCGUCCUACAUUGGUGCCUGACUCUAUGGAGCUGCGUAUCUGUGUUCCCUUCAACUCUAGAAACACUGCUUGGGCUAGUUUCGAUGGCCGUGGAAGAGUAGAGCUCAAGCAGGGUGAUCACAUCAAAGUAACAGCCUCAAGAUAUCCCUUCCCGACUGUUUGUAAAGAAGAUCAGGCAACAGAUUGGUUCAACUCUCUUCAAAACUGUCUUCACUGGAAUAAGCGCGAACGCCAAAAGUCAUUUGCAGUAGUCGAAUCUCACCCUGUGCGUAAUGGCAACCACAACAAGAACCUUUCUUCCAGCAGCCGCUCAAAUAGUAGCCAACAGCUCUCUCAAUCACCUAGAGCUACUGGGUUCAACCCUCUGUCUCGCUCAGGCACACAAUCACCUCCUGCACCGCCUCACCCAUCCUCUCUGCAAUUCACUGCUCAACAACAUCAGCAGCAAUCACCUCCCCAUCAUAAUGGCGGCAACCGUAAAUCGUCAUCCUCAUCGUCUGUUACUUCAUCUUCAUCUGCGGAUAUGCAAGAUGAGGUCUUUGGUAUGUUUUACGACGACGAUUCUGGCAGUGAUCGUUAUCGCUUAGGUGGCAGUGGUAACGCUGGUAGCCGCCGUCGUAGUAGCUGCAUUGAAGCAGAGUCUUCGAGUGCAUCAAGUGAGAAUUAUGAAUCAACUGAUGAAUUUGAAAGCGAAGAUGAUGAAGAUGAAUACGCACCUGAUGGAUUCACUGGCUGGACUGAUGAAGAAAUCAUCAAGUCGAGAUAUCUUGCAAACAUCACAAAGGAAUUGGAAAGAGUCUCAGUAAAAUACACCAAGAGUGAUGCUGCUAAUGGCCAACAAUAG